GAAGACCGAGGCAUCGACGACGGAGGAGGAAGAGAGAAAGAUGAGCAGCGGCAAGUUGGAGACGCGGACGCUGCUUGACGAGAUAAGGGACAUGGACAACGGGUGGCUCUUCGAUUUCGGCCACCCGCUCAUCAACCGCGUGGCCGAGUGCUUCUUCAAGGCCGCAGGGAUCGGAGCCGUCCAAGCGGUGACUCGAGAGGCCUACUUCACCGCCGUGGAAGGUAGUGGGGUUGACACCGGUGGGGUGGCGGACGUAACUGGUGGCAAGAAGAGAAGGUUCUCAGACCUUCGAGGAGAGAACUGUAAGAAGUCACUUGAAGCGAUGGUAAAGAGUACUGGGAAGGAGUCAUUUCAAUGGGGGAUGGCUGCUGGCAUGUAUUCUGGCCUAACCUAUGGUUUAAAGGAGGCUAGAGGUUCUCAUGAUUGGAAGAGCAGCGCAGUCGCAGGGGCAAUAACGGGAGCUGCAUUGGCACUGACAGCUGAUGGCACCUCCCAUGAGCAGAUCGUCCAAUGCGCGAUCACCGGAGCUGCGCUCUCCACGGCAGCGAACCUCCUCUCCGGCAUAUUCUGAAGUGGGAGCCGUGGAUGACAUGGCUUGGAAACCCAGAUUUAGGCAGUGUGUAGGCUGGCUGGCUUGUCGUAGGCAGAUCUCUGGUUUUUACGACAUCAGACGUUCUUCCGGUUGCAUGAGACCGCUCUGUCUCAUCCUUGCAGUCUCCAUUUCGGCAAGCCUGUUCGUUUCAUAAGGGCACUCUGUUUAGUCCUGUUUUGUUUCUCCUUUCUUUUCGUCGAAGUACCGGUGGAUGGUAUCCUGUCCUUUUCUACGCGUGCACUUCAUUUCCUUUGCAGGUCUUCUUCCAAGAGCAGCUUUGUUUCUGCUUGUGCUGACUUGGUUGGAUGUAUUGUGCUUAGGUUGUCUGCAACUUCUUUGCUCGUUAAAGAAGAUAACGGCUGGAAUGCUUUUUUUUUCUCU